AUGGCGAAGGAAGAAAGGAUGAUGCAGAUUGAUCUUUCUCUGAAGUUAGGAGGCCGAGAAAGAAAAGAAGAGGAAGAAAAAGUCCAACUAGAUGGUCAAGAAAGUGAAAAGCAACCAAAAUAUGAAAGGGAAGAAGCGAGAGAAGGAAAAGAAGAGCAACAAGACGAAUCCGUAGUCAAUUCCUUGAAGGAAAAUUUGACAGAAGAGCACUCUGUGCUACAGAUAGAGAUGAACAGGAUGAAAGAGGAAAACAAAUUGUUGAGGAAGGUGGUUGAACAAACCAUGAAAGAUUACCAUGAUCUUCAGACGAAACUUGCAAUCAUCCAAGAAAAUGAAACCAAAAAGGAUCCUCAGAUCUUCCUCUCCGUCCAAGGAGGAGAUGCCGACACAAUUCGACCGAAACAAGUUCCUGAAAUCCUAGUCGAUAAAAAUCAAACUCUUUCAUUACCAUCUGAAGCCAACAACUAUGAAAAAGAUGGGGAGUUAGGAUUGUCCUUGAGCGUGCCAUCUCAUUUGCACCAACGUGAAAAGGAUGAGCCCAAAGAAAAGAUGAUGACAAGUUUGAAACCAGAACAAAACAAGCUUCAAAAGAUCGAAUUGUCUGGAAUUACAAGCCAUCCUCCUGAACCAUCUACCAGAAAAGCAAAGGUUACAGUUAGAGCAAGAUGUCAAGCACCAACUAUUUAUGAUGGUUGCCAAUGGAGAAAGUAUGGUCAGAAAACUGCAAAAAGAAAUCCUUGUCCAAGGGCCUAUUACCGUUGCAUGGUAGCUCCAGGAUGCCCAGUGAAGAAACAGGUCCAGAGAUGCCUAGAAGACAUGUCCAUACUGAUUACAACCUAUGAAGGGACUCACAACCAUCCAUUGCCUUUGGGUGCAACCACAGUGGCAUCUUCAGCAUCUGGAGCAGCCAAUUUCCUGUUACCAUCUGGAACUUCAGGUGCUGCAAUUCCAGGUGGAAUCAUCAAUGAUGCAAGAAUUUCCAUCCCAUACCAAAACCCACAUUUAAUAAGCCCUUUACCCUACUCAUCAUCAGCCAUCAACAACAUCAGAGGCUCCAGUAACCACUCUAAAGGAAUUGUUCUUGACCUGACCAACAACCCACAAGAACAAUUUCCCAUUCCUAGUUCAUCUCAUUCACAAACAAAACUGACUUACCCUUGGAUGCCUAGCAACUCUUUAUACAAUAACUCUGCUGGUAGAUCUGUUAAUAAAGUUGGCGAAUUCCCAAGCCACCAACUUUUUAGCAGUCAUCGAGGCAUGGAUGAGAAGCAGUGGAAGAUGGAAGAAGACAAGUCAUUAACUGAAAAUGUCAGUGCUAUUGCUUCAGAUCCAAAGUUUAGGGCUGCUGUUGCUGCUGCCAUUACAUCAUUUAUCAGCAAAGAGAACCCAAAUUUCCAGCCUAAGGAGCCUACUCUGGUUCAUAAGGACGCCGAGCAUGGUGGCUCUAGUAGCAAUAAAUGGUGUUUUGAGUCUCUUCCUUCUUGUAGUAAGCCACUUUGGCAUUUGAGGUGA